CGUUCCCUUAAUGUUUUCCAGUUAUACAUUAGCGGCCAAUCUAAACGUACAGAUUGAUUAGACUCGACCAUUAAACCAAAAGUACUUAAAGUGAAUUAUACUUAGUGAAAAAUUGCAAUUCGCAAAGCAACAAUUAACAAGAGAUCAUUCCAGAAAUUAAUAGAAAAUGUAUAAGCUAUCGAUUAUUCUACUAAGCCUUAUAGCAGGCUCGGCUUUCGGUGCUUCAACAAACAAUUUGUUACGGAGCACAGAGAUCAACUUAUUGCAAUUGAUGGUGGACACGCGAGCCGAUCAACGCGCCAAUCCUGAGCAAAGCUUGGCUUGCUUCGAUUAUUAUCUUAAAGUGUUCGACGAUCUCAACGAAGAGUACCGCCUAAGUUUUGCUGCCUGCUUGGACACAGCUGAUGUUGAGAGGAGAAAGAUCGACGCUGCCACACAACCUGAACGCGAUGCCAUUGAAAAGUCGGCAAAUUCAUCGUGUGAGGCUCUGAACGUUUGCGCAAACCUUGUUGGUUCUAUCGAAUAUUUCAGUUGCUUUUCGAGUACUGGUAAACGAAACACCGAAAGCAUGUACGAGAUUUCAGCAGAUGCUGGCGAAUCACUAGCAAAUGUACGCGAAAGCUAUCGCUUAAUAGAAAAUGCUGAACAUCGCUGUACGAAUGCAUCUGAACGUGAAUAUGUGGAGAAUACUUAUAAGACUAAUUUGGAAUUACAAAGCUGUCUUAGAGGCGAAACGGCAGUACCGACGAUCGUCGCUCCUACAGAAAUACCUACGUCUACUCAGGACAUAGCAACAGUGACAACUGAAGAGCCCGAAACAACAGCGGCAUCAACAGAGUCAAUUUCAGAUACUCCUGAAACAACAGCGGCAUCAACAGAGUCAAUUUCAGAUGCUCCUGAAACAGCAACAGAGGGUGAUUUCAUGCCAGAAGAAGACCUUUUUGCCAUGAGGAAACUUCUUGCUAAACUUAAAAGUAGACUUGCAUUGAGCAAAUAUUAAGGGCCUAAUGCUUGAAACCCACUAAUUAAAAAUGCACCAAAAUUUAUGCUAAUCCAAAUGUCUACUUUGGCAGAAACACAUUAUUAUAUGGAAGAUUGAGAAACCCUGUAUUUGAAAUUAAUUAAUAUUAAAUGUUACUUCGAGCACGAAGAAACCUUAUUAUGUAAAAAUUCUAUAAAAAUAAAUAAAAAUUGUGAACGGGCAAA